GAGCCAGUCGCAGCUCAGCACCGCGGACAUGACGCUCCAUCCCGGCCGCCUGGCCGCGCUCGGCCUCCCGGCGCCGGCGCUCGGCCUCCUGUGCGUGUGCGGCGGCGCGGACGCCGCCCUCAGGCUGCUGCCCGCGCGCCGGGACCCCCCGCAGAAGCCGCCCUACAGCUACAUCGCUCUGAUCGCCAUGGCCAUCAAGAGCGCGCCCGAGCAGCGCGCCACGCUCAGCGGCAUCUACCAGUUCAUCAUGGAGCGCUUCCCCUUCUACCGGGACAACCGGCAGGGCUGGCAGAACUCCAUCCGCCACAACCUCAGCCUCAACGACUGCUUCGUCAAGGUGCCGCGGGAGAAGGGGCGGCCCGGGAAGGGCAGCUACUGGACCCUGGACACCGGCUGCCUGGACAUGUUCGAGAACGGCAACUUCCGCCGGAGGAAGAGGAAGCUGAAGGCUCGGCUGGAGCGGGUCAGGGCGCCGGAGCCGCGAGAGGAGGAGCCGCGCAAGGGACCGGGCGCCGCGGUCCGGUCCAAGAGCUUCAGCAUCGAGAGCAUCCUGGGCAGAGCGGACGAGCGCGCGAGCCGCGCUCCGGGCCCCCCCGCCAGCUCACGCGGGUCUCCGACUCGUCCUUCACGCAUGCGCACGGCCGAGAGCGGAAGCGGGGACGGCAACUGUCAUUCGGUUUGGUCCAACUUGUAAAUAAUAAAGU